CGCUCCGCUUUUCAGCAGCGUCGCUAACCUGCGCGAAUCUUACGCGAAAUGAUUUCCACCGACCUCGUGUUUUCACUACAAAUUGCGCGGACACGUUUCCAGCUUAUUCUUGUGAGAUGUCGCUUAGUUAAUGAGCUGAAAGAGUAAAAGUCCGUGUUGUCUUCAGUUUAAUCUGAAACCGGCCGUUGGAGAGAAGAGGAAAUGACCCAGUUGAGUAUUCGUCGCUGGACGCCCAAGCACGUAGCCAAAUGGCUAAAAGAAGAAGGUUUUUGUGACUAUAUGGACCUGCUGUGCAACAAGCAUCGGCUGGAUGGCACCAGUCUGCUCGCCCUCAGCGAGUACGACCUCCGCUCGCCUCCUCUGGAGCUCAAAGUUCUGGGUGACAUCAAGAGGCUGAUGAUGUCCAUCCGGAAACUGCAGAAACAGAACAUUGAUGUGCUGGAGGAGCUCGGUGUCCCGUUCGAUGGCCUCUCUCCUUCCAGCUCUGGCAGCAACUCGGACUGGUUGUGUAAUGGGGACACAAGCAGAGAUGGUGACAGCAUGGAGACGGCUCCGGUGGGAGAGGAGUACCAGCAGUACUCUAAUGGGAAAUACAAGCAGCAAAUGAGGCGCCUUGACCCAGAGUACUGGAAAACAGUGCUCAGCUCUGUCUAUGUGGUGUUUGUGUUUGGGUUCACAUCCUUUGUCAUGGUCAUCGUGCACGAAAGGGUGCCGGACAUGCGCACAUACCCUCCACUGCCAGACAUUUUCCUUGACAGCGUGCCUAGAAUACCUUGGGCCUUCUCCAUGGCUGAGGCGUGUGGGGUGAUUCUCUGUAACAUCUGGCUGCUGGUUCUGUUGCUACAUAAACACAGGUCCAUCCUCCUGCGGCGCAUGUGCAGCCUGAUGGGGACCGUUUUCAUGCUGCGCUGCAUCACCAUGUUUGUCACCUCCCUGUCAGUGCCAGGGCAGCAUCUGCAGUGCUCGGGGAAGAUGUAUGGUGACAUGUGGGCCAAACUGCAGCGGGCCGUAGCCAUCUGGAGCGGUUUUGGGAUGACCCUGACAGGAGUGCACACUUGUGGGGACUACAUGUUUAGCGGCCACACCGUCGUCCUGACCAUGCUUAACUUCUUCGUCACAGAGUACACUCCACGGAGCUGGCACUUCAUUCACACCCUGUCUUGGGUCCUCAAUCUCUUUGGCAUCUUCUUCAUCCUGGCUGCACAUGAACACUACUCCAUUGAUGUGUUCAUAGCCUUCUACAUCACUACCAGACUCUUCCUGUAUUACCACACUUUAGCCAACACCCGGGCGUACCAGCAGAGUCGACGAGCCCGCAUCUGGUUCCCCAUGUUCUCUUUCUUUGAGUGCAACGUCAACGGACCGGUCCCCAAUGAGUACUGCUGGCCCUUCUCUAGACCUGCUGUAGUAAAAAGGCUCAUUGGAUAAGGAAAAGCUGCAGAUUAGUUUUUUUCCUGCUUUGUGAAGAUGCCAACUGAGGACGUUUGUGACAUCCUCAACUACAAAAAUGAAGGAUAGAGUAGAAAUAAAAACAUUCUUAUGUUUAUUUUGAGUCUUUACUUUCCAGCAGGCUUCUGGCAUCCAUAUGUUUCUGAGAAGCUCCAACUUUGUGUUAAGCUGGACCCGGAGGAGAUUCAUUUCACUUAAUAUUAUUUUCUCCCUUUGUCAUUUUUUAUUGUGUGAACUGAUUUCUUAACUCCCAACAACAAAAUAAAUCUUGUCCUAUGUUAAUACUUUUAUUUGUACAGGUAAAAUACUCAGUCGUGUUGAAAUUUUGAUUUAGAAUUAUGCAAAGAUUUGCUUUAACUAUCAGAAGUCACUUUCCUAGCAUACUGAUAAACAGUAGGUGUAGAAUUACAUCACACUGAACCACAAAUAUGUUUUUGUGAUGCUUAGAUGUCAUUAUCUUUUCUUUCCUUUAGGUCAUAUUUGCAUUUCCACUAUAUUAUAAAAUGCUGAGAGAUAAAGUGUUCUCAUAAUUCACGGAACUUCAUCUCAGAGUAAUAGAAUAUUAACAAAGUUCAUUGACUGUUUGGAUUAUGUUUUUCUUUUAAGAAUAAGUGAAGAAAAUGUCAUUAUCAGCCAAAUACUUGGACUUUCUCUCCUUCAACCUGUCUUAACUUCAUCUGCCAACUACCUUGAGUUUUUCAGUGAUAGAUUUUGCCACAUAGAAAUGUUUAGGAUACUUUUGAGUGUUGUUGGAUGUGUGUAAGUGUAGCUGAAAGCGAUCACCAUGCACUGAAUUUAGCAGACCAAGCUUAAGUCUCCCUAAUGCUAUCUCUAAAAGAUGUUUGUUUAUAUUUAUUUCAUUUUAUAAAUCUCUAGUUUUUUAUACCCCCUAUACAGAGUUACAGCAACAUGCACAUGGAAAAGUUAUGUUUACAGUUGCUUUAAACUAUGUAUUUCACACACCGUGUGCUAUUUAAUUAUGUUGAUUUUAAAAUAAGUUGUGAACUUUGCAUUGAAUGGAGGAUGCCACUUUAAUAUCUGAUCAUUGUUUUGAUCAUUGCAGCAAGUGGGAAAGAUGGUUCUUCUUAAUGGAUAAAACAUUCUGAUGUUUCCUUUGGUCAAGCAAGGACAGUGUUGCAUCUGAUGCCACAUUACUUGUUUCUGGUCUGACAUUUCUCAUUAAAAAGCUGAAGAAACUAA